GGAUCCCGGCGCUCCGUUACCCGAAUCAUGCCAAAAAGCAACCUUGUCGCCUGCUGUCGCCAUGGCUGGUGGCUCCAUCGAUCUUAUCGACGUCGUCGUCGUCUCAACUUCCACAACGCCCUCGCACCUCCCCCUCCGAAAGAGAAAGCCACAGGUGAGGCUUUCAUCCCUCCACGGUGGAGCCACCGCGCCUUGACUUCUUCCAAAUCGCCUUCCACUUUCCUCCUUUUUCCUUCUCCCAUUCUGUCCCGGAGCAACAUUUCGUCGCCCUUUACAAGGAUCAAAUAUUUCGAUGAACUGCUUUCAUUUCUCUAAUGGAGAGAAGUCACCAUCAUGGUCAAGGAAGUCAAGAUCCACUAGGUCGAAUAGCACUAGAUCUUCAGAUCGUGAUAGGAGAAGAUGUGAAUCCGAUUCCAAUACUUUGCUCGACAUGUUUGCUUUCUCUGGACGAAGUUCCCGGUUCCCUAGCCUAUCACACAGGCCAAACAAUCUCAAAGUAUUCACCUUUAAAGAGCUGAAAAAUGCCACAAAUAACUUUAGCCGUGCACUGAUGAUCGGGGAAGGUGGGUUUGGAUGUGUUUAUAGAGGCACAAUCCACAGUCCUAAAGAUCCAAGCACCAGCUUUGAUGUUGCCAUCAAAAGAUUGAACCGCGGAGGCCUUCAGGGACACAAGGAAUGGAUAACAGAAGUGGAUGUUCUUGGGGUGGCUGAGCAUCCAAAUCUCGUAAAGUUAAUUGGAUGUUGUGCUGAAAAUGAUGAAAGGGGAAUCCAAAGACUUCUUGUAUAUGAAUAUAUGCCUAAUAGGAGUGUAGAAGAUCACUUAUCAGUUCGCUUUGCUACAACUCUAUCAUGGCCUACAAGACUUGGAAUAGCACUCGAUACUGCUCGUGGCUUGACAUAUCUGCACGAAGAGGGAGAAUUUCAGAUUAUUUUUCGCGACUUAAAAACAUCAAAUAUUCUUUUGGAUGAUCACUGGAAUGCAAAGCUGUCUGAUUUUGGUUUGGCCAGAGAAGGACCCAUCGACGAGUCAGGUCAUGUUUCAACAGUGGUUAUCGGAACAAUGGGGUAUGCAGCUCCAGAGUACAUCCAGACCGGGCGCCUUACCGCCAAGAGUGACAUCUGGGCCUAUGGCAUCGUCCUGUACGAGCUGAUUACUGGUCGGAAACCGAUGGACCAAAACCGUCCGAAGAAAGAGCAGAACCUGCUAGAGUGGCUGAAGCCAUACACAGCCGAUGUGAAAAAAUUUCACACGAUCGUGGAUCCAAGGAUACAGGCGGAAUACUCUUUAGAACAAGCGAUGGAAUUAGCUUCCAUUGCGAACAAAUGCCUAGCGCGAAGCUCAAAGCUAAGGCCGAAGAUGAGCGAGGUGUUAGAGAUGGUCGAGAGGAUUGUGCGCGGCAUGGAGAUUGGAACUCAUCCAUUCGACUCGAAUCCAGGGCACAAGGUACAAUAUUGUAGAGAAGAAAGCGAGCGAAAGGAUUUGAAGAGGCAAGUUAGCAGUUCAAAAGUCGACGAAGGUAGAUGGUUCAUGUGGCGACCGAAGCUCUUGAGAGCUCAAUGAUCAUCGAAAUGCAAAUGCGAGAAUCUUCCUGCACCUAAACAAUGCCAAACUUGUCUCUGAUUCUGAAAGAAAUGUAAGCAUUAAGCAGUAGAAACUUUUAUGUUUGUGUAGUUAGUUAAAAAGAUUUCAAAUAGUUACGUAAUAAGAUUUGAAAUCUAAUCGUAAAUAAAUCUUUUAUUUGAUUGUAAUAGUUUGGAUCAAAAUUAUUCUAAUAGUAUUCAAUCAAUUAUGUUCAAAUUAAA